AUGUUUCAACGACGUCGGCAACAAAAUUUUGGUGUAUAUUUACUUGCUUAUCAAUUGCUAAACAGCGGUUUUAUUCCGCCAGUUACUCUUCUCUUAAUUGUUUUCCAAAUCGCCGUAUUUCUCGAAAUUGUACCAGUUUUUGCUUCAUGGACACUUGGACAAAUUUGUCUUUUACCUUUUUCGAUAUUAGGAAAAAGAGAAUGGUAUCGUCUUAUUUUACCUGUAUUCAUGCACGCCGAUGAUAUGCAUCUUUAUUAUAAUAUGAUCUCAUUACUGUGGAAGGGAAGACGUCUAGAGCCAUAUAUGGGAUCAAGGCGUUUUUUCUUUACAAUCUUUUGUUUUGUGCUUGGAACUAGUGUAAUGACAGUUGCUAUAAGUUAUUUAAUGGAUGAAGUUUUUCGUAUUGAUGGAAUCAGUUUGAUGAGUCAAUGUGCAGUCGGUUUUUCAGGUGUGCUUUUUGCCCUAAAGGUUCUUCUCAAUACGUAUUUCCCAUAUGGCGAUGAAUAUUUAUUGGGUUGGAUGCCAGUACCAUCGCGAUACGCGUGUUGGGCCGAACUACUGCUUAUUCAGAUGAUCACACCAAAUGCAUCAUUUGUCGGUCAUCUUGCUGGUAUUCUGGUGGGAAUAUUAUACAUAUGGGGACCACUGGAACGUUUCGUUUCUGUUAUAGAUUCAUGUUUUCUCGCCGCAUGGGUUAUUUUAGGUUUAUUCAAUUUUACUAGGUACAACGGAACUGAUUACUAUGAAAAUUCAUUUCAUAAUGACUUUAACUCGAGAAAUACUUAUGGGCAGAGAGCUGGAUAUUCACAUCAGCCAGAUCCGAGACAAACUUAUGGUUGGCGAACUUAUCAAAAUCAAAGAAAUUUUGAUGAUUAUACUGGAGGAUUUAGCGAAGAAGAACAAAUGAGACAAGCAGUAGAAGAGAGCUUGCGUCAAAGGGCAAAUCGGGCACCCGGAGCUCCACCUUAUCCUUUUUAA